AUGCAAUAAAGUGGUUAUGGGCCUAAUUUAGGAGUUGUUGCCACCAAAAAUACUAAUAUAUCAACUUCCUAAAAUUUGAAAUAAAUUGCAUAAAAUAAAGAAUAGACAUAGUAAAAAAAAUUAGUGUAGGAUUAAGAAUUAUUUUUGAUUGCAUAAUAGACAGAUCGUCUAAGAAAAAGAAUUUCUAACUUUUUUGUUUUACCAAUAAAGCUUAAGAAAACCUAAAGUAAUGUACAAUACCUUAUUUAGACUUUAUGAUUGAAGAUAUAGGAUUUAAGGUGGAUUCCCUCUUCAAAAAAUCUCAUCUAAACUAAAGUAAUGUUGAUUAUCUAAGUGAUCAUAUUAAAAGAUUAGGAGAUAGAAUUAAUUAGGAAAUGAAAAAAAAAUAAGAGUAAUAUCAUUCUAGCAUAAAAAUUGAUAAUUUUAGAAAUUUUUUGUCCAUUUAACAAGAGUUCUAAAAUAAUAAAUAAGUAAAUACUUAAAUUUAACUAAUAAGGUGUAUAAUUCAUUUUAUAAGACUGAAUUAAAGACAGUUAUAAGAUAAAAGGAAAAGUUAUUAGAUAUUCUCACUUCUUCAAAUAGAACUGAAAAAUUAGUGUCACAUGAAAUUUAACUAAAUUAAUAUAAAGAAGUCAUUUUGGAAAAAUUGUUUAUUGACAAUCACUUAAAAACAGUAUUGUUAAAUUUUGUCAAAAAUAAAAAUGAUUUAUCAAUAUAUGAAAAACUUUUUAGAACUUUGGAGGUUUUUGAAACAACUCAUAGUGUAGAAAUGAAAUUGUUAGCUGAUUAAUUUAAGAAUGUUUCAAAUACAUUAAAUUAAUAAUAAAAAUGGUACACAAUUUUAAAUUUAAAAAUAGUGAGAAAAUUAUUCGAAAUACUGUUACAUAUUUAGAAAAUGACAUGCUUAAAUAAAUAGGCCAUUUAGAGUUAUUAAAUUUAAAUCGAAAAUUUAAAGAAUUUUAUUUAUCUUCAUUACCUACUACUGAAUUAUAUUAAAUAGGGUAAUUCUUUCCAAGUGGAAUUCUAUUUAUGUUAAUGAGAUGUGGAAAACUUAAUGAAGCACCAAAAAUUCUAUCCCAAUUAAUAUCAAGUGAUUAAAGAAUUACUUAGCAAUUUCUAAGUUUUUUUGAUUUAAUAAAAUUGGAAACUCUCAAUUAAAAUGAUGUUGAAGAAAAAUCAAGAUAAUAAUGUUGUGAUAUAUUAUUGCAAUAAUGUUAUUGGCUAUUAUUAGAUGUUAGUGAUGCUUAUGAUAUUUUUGAAACAACUCCUUUUCCAAAAGAUAGAGACUUUUAUAUAUGGUUAACUUUAAAAACUACUCAUUGUUCUGAUGAUUUUAUUAUUUAUGAAAAAUCUGAUCAUGAAUCUAAAAAAGCUUUUUUUCAUUGGAAACUAAUAGAUCUACAUGAAAAUAUUCCUUAAUCUACAGCUAGUUUAAGAAUUAAUAUUAUAUUAUAAAGAUAUGAUUACAUUUUGAGUGAGUUAUAUAAAUAUUAAAAUUAAUGUUUAUCAUAGGUUGAAUAUUUUAUAUUAGAUACAGUUCUUACAGCAUUAGAUAUGAAAACUUAAAAUAAUACUUAAGCUGAAAAAUAAAAAAAAUCUGUAAUAGAUAAUCUUGUUAAUUACACAUAAAAUAAGCAUCCUCUUAUUUCUUGUUUAAUAAUGAGUGUUUGUUCCUAUAAUAUUGAAGCUAUAGCUAAUUUAUUAUAAAAAACUAAUCAUGUUUCAUAAGUUUUAACUGAUAAAAAUGUUAGAGAAAAUUUGGAAAUUAUUUUUGGAAAAGAAGAACUUCUUAAUAUCACAAAUGAAAUGGUUAAUAUAUUCUUUGAAAGAAAUUUACAUAAUUAUUUAAAAGAAUUUUAAUAACAAUUAGAAAAAUCAUCAACUAUGAAUUAAAUUAAUGAUUGUCAAACAACCUUAAUUUUAAAAUUAGAUGAAAUUAGUUUCUAUUUAAAGUAAAUAUUGAAUUUUAAUUCUGAAAUUCUAAUUGAAACUGCUAUUUAUUUAUAUUUGGAAACACAAUUUGUAUUUAUAAUUAGUACUGUAAUUAUCAAUUAAUAUUGUGUUAUUAAAUUAGGAUCUUAAAUUGAAAAAAGAUAUUUAUAAGCAAGAAAUCUUGAGAAUUUACAUUCUAAAAUUAAGAAUUGUGCAAAAGAUUCUCGAUUAUUUAAAUAUAUUCCUAGAUUUUCAUUAAUUGAAAUAUUUUAACAAGCAUAUUUGUCUAUGAGAUAAGAAUAAAUUAAUUUAAAUGAUAUCAAUCAAAUUCUAUUAAAAAUUAAUAUUAAAGAGUUAAUAAAAAACUUAGUUGAAAAUAAAUAGGUUCAUUUAAUAAAAAUGGUAUUUUGGCAGAUAAUUUAAUUGAUUGAAUAAAAAAAAUGCCAUGAAAAAUCUCAAUUCAUGUAAAAUUAUUAAUAAUUAUAGAGAAAUAAUAAAAGAUUUAAAUUAAGCACUCUUAAAGUUCCCAGAAAGUCAGGGAAUUAAGAUUUGUAGAGAAGAUGUAUAAUUUUCAUAAAUUAUUGUUGAAAUAUUGAAUUCUUAUUCAAAAGUGCUAAAGAUGUAUUGA